UCUUUGUUUUUAUAUCUUCUAACAUUGAUCGUCAUGGGAUGUUGACUUUUUCCUGGCAUAUUCAGCUUUAGCCUCAGUCGUUUAACUUUUUUAUUUAAUUACUCAAAUACAAUAUCAAUAUGUCAUCCGGAGAGGCUGUUUUUUACUUAUGAAGCGAAUUAAUUAGCUAGCUAAAUUAGUCGCUAAAGCUCUUAAAAUCUGAAGGCAGCUGUAGUCAUUUUAAUUGACAAAAUUAUCAGUCACAGGUUGUAAAUGAGAAGUCAGCCAUUGUGUCCUUCUGUGUGAAUCAAGGAUCCAAAAAUGACUAAAGAUUUAGAGUGAUCAAUCUGUCACAGUGAUGACUAUAAACUGUAUGUCAUGUGGGGACAGAAAGCUUGACAGGUGUAACAACAAUAACUGAGGGGUGUGUGGUUUAGAGAACUGCCAAUCAAGCUCAUGUUGGCUGUUGACUGGCUGAGAAAUGUUAAGCUUGCAAGUAUGUUUUCAUCUUACCCUUACUUUACCUUCCGCAUCUGUGACUGAAGUAAGGAAGUAAAACUGGUUACCCCACAUAUCAUCAACAUGUUGUGCUGUGCAGUAGAGCUGCUCAGCUGCGGUGUAGUUUUUUUAUUAGUGCUUUUUCACUAAUGUGGCAUCAUGAAAUUUUGUCUGAUUCACCAGGUAACAAAAAGGCCAUUUUGCCAAUCAUAAUGACCUCGCUUAAAGAGACGCUGUGGGUAACCCUGGAGGAUUUGAAGGAGGAGGAAUUCAAGCAGUUGAAAUGGCUCCUCCACCAGGUGGACAUCAUGCACACAAUCAUCCCUAAUCUUGAAGUUUACCCAGCCAUCCCGAUGACUAAGCUGGAGAGGGCAGACAGGCAAGACACUGUUGCUCAGCUGGUUCAAAUCUAUGGCCCUUAUGGAGCUCUGGAGGUGACCAGGAAGGUUUUAAUAAAGAUCAACAGAAAUGAUCUUGUGCAGCGAUUACCAAACAUCACCUCAACACCAAAAGUAGAUGUUAGUGAUGUGGGGAGUGGUACAGAAAACAGACAAGUGUCCUUGCUGGAUACAUCUCCUCACCUUGUCACCACAGGCAGUCAAGUUGGAGAUUUGAUGGUGCCAGUACCAAAGCCUCCACAGCCAAUCACAUCUUAUCAAAAAGUGCUUCAGUCUAAUCUUCAGAACCGGUUUAUGUGUGUACAAGAAGGACUGUCAGAUAUGGAGGAUAAAAAACUUCUCAACGAUAUCUAUACAGAGCUCUACAUCACAGAUGGAGGUAACAUGCAAAUUAACAGCCAACAUGAAGUCAGGCAGAUUGAGAUGGCAUCAAGAAAGCCAGCUGGAACAGAAAUAUCAGUCCAACCCAGUGAUAUCUUCAAACACCCUUCUGGAAAAUACAGACCCAUAAGGACAGUGCUAACCAAUGGGAUUGCAGGAAUUGGGAAAACAUUUCUUGUAAACAAAUUCAUUCUUGAUUGGGCUGAAGGAAGAACCAAUCAUGAUGUGCAUCUCAUAUUCCCCCUCACCUUCCGCCAUCUGAAUUUACUGAAGGGAAAAAGGUUUUGUCUCGCCAAAUUCAUUCACAAAUGCAUCAGGGAAACCAAAGACAUCAAAGAGGAGGCUCUUAAUUAUAUUUUCACAGCAUUACAGAUAUCAGGAAACACUAACUAUGACAAGAGUAAAUUUAAACUUCUGUUUGUGUUGGAUGGACUAGAUGAGAACCGUCUUCAACUAGACUUCACUGCCAAAGAAAAAAAGACUAUCGAUGUGAUGAAGUCAACUGGGGUAGAGGAAUUACUGAUGAACCUCAUUAAAGGGACUCUGCUUCCCUCUUCUCGGCUCUGGGUAACUGCCCGACCUGCAGCAACCAAUCAAAUCCCUCUGGAGUUUGUAGACAUGAUGUUAGAAGUGAGAGGGUUCACUGACCCACAGAAGGAGGAGUAUUUCAUCAAGAGAUUCAGUCAUGACGAGCAUGCUGGCAGAAUCAUCUCCCACAUCAAGGCAUCACGAAGCCUCCACAUCAUGUGCCACAUUCCAGUCUUCUGUUGGAUCACUGCUACAGUGCUGGAGGAUGUGCUGAAAACCAGUGAGAGAGCGGAGCUGCCCAAGACCCUGACUGAGAUGUACACAGAAUUCCUGGCUUUUCAGAUGAGGCAGUCAAAAGAGAAGUAUGGCACAAAAAAGACCAUUCAGUAUAUUCAGUCGCUUGCAAAAUUGGCUUUCUACCAGUUGGAGAGAGGAAACAUAAUCUUCUAUGAGGAAGACCUAAAAGAUAGUAGAAUUGAUCUCAAUGAAGCUUCUGUGUACUCUGGGGUGUUCACACAGAUCUUUAAAAAGGAGCGCUGGAGGAAGAAGGACAAGAAUAAGGGCAGAAUGUUCAGUUUUGUCCAUCUGAGCAUUCAGGAGUUUCUGGCUGCCAUUUACGUGGAGCUGUCAUUCAUUAACAGCUGCAAGAAUGUGAUGGCUGAAUCUCAAGCAAUUUCCAAAAAUGUGGGGAUGCUUUUCUGCAAAGCAUCUGUAACAGAGGUCCAUAGGACUGCUAUUGACAAGGCCUUAGCAAGUCCAGAGGGACACCUGGACUUGUUCCUCCGUUUCCUGUUGGGCCUCUCACUGCAGACUAAUAAAGAUCUUCUGGCAGACCUAUUUAAACAGAAAAGAAUGACCUCAAACAGCAAUCAGGAAACAAUUCAGUACAUCAAAGAGAAGAUCAAGGAGAAUCCGUCUCCAGAGAGAAGCAUCAACCUCUUUCACUGUCUGAAUGAGCUAAAUGAUCAUUCUCUAGUGGAGGAGAUUCAAGAGUACUUGAGUUCCGGAAGUAUCGCUAAAAGAUAUCUCUCUCCUGCUCAAUGGUCAGCUCUGGUCUUCAUCCUACUGUCAUCAGAAAAAGAGUAUGAUGUCUUUGACGUUAAGAAAUACUGUGCCUCAGAGGAGGGUCUUCUUAGGCUGCUGCCAGUAUUUCAAGCCUCUAGUACAUAUCUGCUGAGUGGCUGUAAUCUGUCAGAGAGAACUUUUGAAGCUCUGGCCUCAGUUCUCAGCUCCAAACAAUCUAAUCUGAGAGACCUGGACCUGAGCAGCAACAACCCUUAUGAUUCAGGAGUGACGCUGCUCUCUGCUGCACUGGAGAAUCCACACUGUAGACUGAAUUCGCUCAGGUUGAGUGACUGUAAUCUCUCAGAGAAGAGCUGUGAAGCUCUGGCCUCAGUUCUCAGCUCAGGGUCCUCUAAUCUGCGAGAACUGGACCUGAGUAACAACAACGUGCAGGAUUCAGGAGUGAAGCUGCUCUCUUCUGGACUCGAGAGUGUGCACUGUACACUGGAAUCUCUCAGGUUGAAUUUGUGCACGCUGUCAUGGAUGAGCUGUGAAGCACUGGCCUCAGUUCUCAGAUCACAGUCAUCUUGUCUGAAACAGCUGGAGCUGAGUAACAAUGAUCUGCAGGAUUCAGGAAUAAAGUGCCUUUCUGCUGGGCUGGAGAGUCAACAGUGCAGGCUGGAAACCCUCAGGUUGUCAGGCUGCCUGGUCACAGAGGAAGGGUGUGCUUCUCUGGCCUCAGCUCUGAGCUCCAACCCCUCCCAUCUGAGAGAGCUGGACCUGAGCUACAAUCAUCCAGGACACUCAGGAGUGAUGCUCUUGUCUGCUGGAUUGAAUGAUCCACAGUGGAGACUGGACACUCUAAAGCUCGAUCCUAGUGGAGUGCAUUGGUUGAAAUCUGGUCUGAAGAAGUAUGCCUGUGAACUCACACUGGAUCCAAACACAGCAGACAGAGACCUCAUCCUCUUUGAUGAAAACAGAAAAGUGAAACGGGGGAGCGGGGAGCAGCCAUAUCCGGAUCACCCUGAGAGAUUUGAUGGCUGGUUUCAGUUGCUGUGCAGAGAGGGUCUAACUGGUCGCUGUUACUGGGAAGUGGAGUGGGAUGGAAGGAUUUGGGUUGCAGUGACUUACAAAGGAAUCAGCAGGAGUGGAGAGGCCAUUGACUGCUGUCUGGGAUGGAAUGAAAAGUCCUGGUGUCUGGAGUGCACUGAUGGUGGGUACUAUACCUGGCACAAUAAAACUAUAACAAACAUAUGGUUCCACCCACAUGACACUACAAGAGUAGCUGUGUAUCUGGACUGGCCUGCUGGCACACUGUCCUUCUACAGGGUCUCCUCUGAUUCUCUGACUCACCUCCACACCUUCUACUCUACAUUCACUAAACCCCUCUACCCUGGGUUCUGGAUCGGGAUAAACUCCUCAGUGACUCUCUGUCAGAUGGAGGAAGAGGAGCUGUCACCUGUUUGAAGAAACAAACUGC